AUGCGCCAUAUGCAUACGUUUGCACAUCUUUUCAAGUGGCGCAAAUUGACAGGCAGGCGCGUGCAACAAAAACACCAUCUGUCUGCUGAGGAGGUGGUGGUGGCGGUGGUUGAGGUGAUUCGGAAGGCUCGGGUCGACCUGGGUCGUGAAUACGGGAAAAGCAAAUACUCAUCAAAAACUGUUGUUGUCGAAGCAGAGGCAUUUUGUGCAAAGGGCGACAUCAGUGCUGCAAGACUUUACCAUGUCGAAAGCAAAAUGGACUCGGCAUUUGCUGAACAUUUUGGCAAAUGUCCUGGAUAUUUUGGCGGAGACCUAACGCUCUAA